AUGGGAUCUCGUGAGCCUAUUUUGUCUGUCAUUUUGCAACUUCCCCCUUCACUUACCCUCCUACUUGAUGUUGUCGCAUCUACCAAACGCUCGAUAAUUUCACUGGAUUUCAUAUUCUUUUUUAUAACAAAAGAUUUCGGGUCUUCUUUGUUCCAGACGCUUUCUUGCGAAGGUGCUCGACCAGCCACUAUCACAAGACGGGAUCGUCGCGCUGAACGAUGUGGAUCCCCUUCAGACAACACAACAACCAAUGAGGCAGCCAACCAAGUACCACGAAUUUGCUGA